CGCCACACGCUUCCCCUCUCGGGCGUUUCCAUUUCCAGACCCUUCCAGGUGUGCAGGGAGCAGACGAGCCCACCUCCGUGCAGCUUUGCUCCAGAGCCUCCCGGCUGGCUUUCAGUGCUGCCUUGGGACAGAAACCAGAGACAGAAACCAGAGCUGACUCAAGUGUCCACACAGAUUCACUCUUUUUCUUGCCUUUCCUACAAAAUAGGUAACGUUGGCUUAAUUUUUAGCCCAGUCUGCAGCGGAGCAGGGCGAUGCUCCUGGCUGGGAUGAGAACGUGGCGUGCCAGGGGGUGCUUGGCUGCCCUUAACGAAAGCAAAGGGAACACUGGUGUGACGGGCUCACUGCCCUGUGUGUUAAUGGGGAAGAGGCAGAGGUCAUAAUUUCCACUGGCUUCCCGUUCCUUAUUUAUUAACCCUGUCCACCACCCUGACUGGCACACGUUGGGCCAACAAACCUGUUGUUCCACCACCUCAGCUCACCCAUUACUGCUGCAAAAAAAUGUGUAAGAACCGUAUGGAGAAGCACAAACACACGCACAGCCCCCAGCAAACUGCAGCUGGCAGGCUGGCUGCAAAGCGCCCUCUCCAGAAAGAGCAGCGAGAUGUCCCUGGUGCUGUUGAUUUUCACCCUAAACGGCAUUUCCCUCUCUUUUUUUCCUGCCUUCCCCCCAAAAGCGUGCCUCCUCCGCGCCACGAAUGUGCCUGGCACAUGCAGGGCCUCCGGAAUGCCACCGACCCCAGACAACCAGCUGGAGGCUCGGUGCUUUCCCAGAUCCCUGGGCAGCCCCGGCGAAGAGCCGGGCUGCACGCUCCACCAGUCGGCGUGGGCAGAAGGUUAUUCUCUCCGGGGCAUUUAGGAUCAAUGCACCGUGCACUAAUGGAUGCUUCCCCUAUUGUUCGGCUGCUUGCCUGGAUUGGCUGGAGGGCUGUGGGAAACACCAGCGACCCCGAGACUCACAUCGCUGCCAAAACGCUCCGAGGUAUAAAUAGAGGCGGCCGGUCGCUGCCAGAGCACAGCCGCGUGCUCAGCGCCCAGGCUGGAGAGCACCAGGCAUGGCUCCCAGUAACGCUCUCAUGAUCCACGUGGAGGAGAAACUGCUGCCAAAAGAAAAGAAUAAACUCAGGAAGCCGGUGGUGGAGAAAAUGCGCCGGGACCGGAUUAACAGCAGCAUCGAGCAGCUGAAGCUGCUCCUGGAGAAGGAGUUCCAGAGGCACCAGCCCAACUCCAAGCUGGAGAAAGCCGACAUCCUGGAGGUGGCUGUCAGCUACCUCAAACAGCAGAGCCAGCUGCAGGACCCAGCAUUCGUCCACAAGAAUCCAGAGCAGGACUUUAACAGCGGAUACCUGCGGUGCCUCAAGGAAGCGAUGCAUUUUCUGUCCUACUACGAACCCAAGAGGCAAACUCAGGCCCAGCUCAUCAAGCAUUUCUGCAAAGCCCAGACGGGUGCAGAUGUCACGUACUCUCCUGCUCCGCGCAGGCCACCUCUGUCACCCUGUCUGCUCGCCAGAAAGCAGCCUGCCCAGAAGACCCCGGCUCCUACCAUCUGGAGACCCUGGUAGACCCGCUGAUGAACUUUGCU